AGUAUUUUAUAAACAUUGUUUUAAUUAAAAUCAACAAUUUUAUUAUUUUUUAUCUCUCCCGAUUUUACUUUAAAAAUGGCAGCUCGUAAGAGAAUCAAAGGCAAUUUAUCUCUCACAGAGGUUUCAACAAGGCAAAAACAUCUUACUAAAAAGGAGUUAGAAUUACGAAAUACAUGUUCAGGCCCUGUAUGCCCUCCAGUACCUAUGAAACUUCGAAGAUCCAAUGGCAAGGAAUUAUUUAAUUUCCAUGAUUACGCAGUGCCUGUUUAUUUUCAGAAAGAAAUACCUUUAAGUGCAAUUUACAAGAAAGAAUUAAAAUUAACAUAUAUGGAACAAGUUUUUGAAAAUCAAGUUAAGGUUGGAGAAGGUUCAUUUGGAAAUGUAUACAGAGCCCGUUCUAAAGAAGAUAAUGAAUAUUAUGCAAUCAAGGUUGCCAAAAAUAAUCACACAAGCUAUAGUGAAAAAUUUGGUGAGGUUUUGCGUCUUGAAAAGAUUGAGGAACAUGAGAGAUGUGUUAAAUACUUCUUAGCUUGGGAAGAGCAGGGUCAUUUAUACAUACAGUUAGAGUUAUGUAUGACAAGUCUUGACAAAUAUGCACAACAAAACCACUAUAUUCCUGAGCAGCAAAUGUGGGAUAUAUUAAUUGAUAUUCUUGAGGCACUAAAACAUUUGCACAAUCGCAAUUUAAUACAUUUGGAUAUUAAACCAGAAAAUAUAAUGAUUACCAGUGAAGGGAUUUAUAAACUGGGUGAUUUCGGCCUACUGCUGGAUUUGAAUGAAUUCAAAAAUAAAAAGAAUCACCACAGCUCUGUAAAUGUAUCAGAGGGAGAUUCAAAGUAUUUGGCAGCUGAAGUGCUUCAGGAAAUAUAUACUACAGCAUCUGAUGUUUUUAGUCUUGGUAUUUCUAUGUUAGAAUUGGCCACUGAUUUAAUGUUACCAACAAAUGGACCAUUAUGGCAUCAGCUACGCAGUGGAAUUUACCCAAAAUUAUUUGAAGAAAGUAAGUACUUUACCAUAAAUAUACUUGCAAUGUGA